AUGCCCCUCCCGUGCCAUUUUCUCCUUGGGUCCGUCCGGCCAGUCCCGCACCGAGUCCGCCUUCACCCACACCAUGGUGUACUCCGUUACCUACCUUCUGAAGCGGCAGUCGCGCAGUCAUACCACACCCGCGCACUCAAUCUAGAGUAUAAGGAACAGGAUCAGCAGCGGCGAGAAAGAGACCAAGAAGCGUUAGAAGCACAAGAAGAAGCACAAGAGGACGAAAGAGGAAGUAGGGGACGAGGCAGAGGCAGUCAAGAGGCACAGGGUCAGGCAGAGGCUGCUGCCGCCGCCGCCGCCGUCUUUGCCAGUUACCUCAAGCCGGUCAGGCGACGUAUUGCUCUCCUCCUUGACUACCAAGGCAGGACACAGCUUGCGCUCUGCAUACCACUGACACGGGCAAUACCUGCAGACGGGACUCCCCAGUACGAACCUGGGUUGCCAGAACGAAGUUGCCAGGCCACUUACACUCGAGCGAUUGUUGCUGCGUCUUCCUUCCCGCCAGCGCAAAGUCGAUCUGGACUCUGGAACUUUUGCCUUCAAGAUAACAGAAGGCACAACUACCUCUGCUACGUCUGUCUGGUCCUUCGACUCUGCCUGACCGGAAUCUGGAGCCCUGGACAGAUUAUCCGUACGAAUCCUUUGCGACCUUUCCUAGUUGGCGGCCGAGUCAACGCAUGCUUCCCCGCCAAUCACAGCCAGCUCGUCAAGGGCCUACGGAUACAAAGACAGUUUCGACCUUUUCCCCUUGCCUUUCGGGAGUCUUGUUGGAAUCCCACUGCCAAGGAAGCCAGGCUACGGAAUACGGAUACCUGUCAGCGAAGACGUGCAGACUUGGACGCCGUUCCGCUGCAGACUGCAGACGUGCCAUCGUGCCAGCAAAGAAGGGUGGAAGAAGGGUGGAAGGGAACUUCGAACCCCCACUCUGCUGCGCUGCGCUUCGCUUCCAACCCCUCCGAUCUUCACACCCUCCAGGGCCUCAACGACUACGACUGGCGAGAGAAGAGCUGGGAAGGCGCCAAUACCGGCAAUCGCUGCACUGGUGACUGCGCAGUCUUCGUCGAGGACCACGGUCCGCCACAUACCGACCACAUCCUGUUUGUCGCACAUGCUCAGCCCUUGCGCCCCAGGUUCAGGCCCUCUUGCGACCCUCUUGCGACCCUCACUGGCAACGACACUCUGGCCAAGGACGCCCAGCUACGGUUUACCUCAUUUGUCUACGACACUAGGAGCUCGUCUACCCCUAGACUUGCUGAGCAACCGUAUACUGUCUACUCUUGCCAUCCGUCGUUGAAUCUUCCUGGGCUGUCCGACUGCUGA